CUGGGAGUUUGGGGAGGUCAGCGGUCUCCAGGCAGGCACGCUGAUAGUGUGCUACGCGUGUUUGUCUAGAUUAGUGUAAUUGCUGUUACAGGGCAAACUUACCAGAUAAGAGAGUAAAAAUACCGGGAUAUGUUUGGUGAAGUCCUGACGUGGGUCGUGGAGAGCCUGGGGUUUGCGGGGUCGUGCCUGCUUGCCCUGGUCGUCCUCCUGAUUCUUUUCCUUCCCGGUGGUCGUCCAAAAAACUUCCCACCAGGUUUACCGAUGCUGCCGCUAAUAGGUUCUAUGCCAUUUACGAAAGGACCAAUCACACGGUCUUUCAUUAACUCCUUGAGGAAGAAAUACGGAGAUCUGGCAAGUUUCGCCAUCCUUAAUGCAAGGAUUGUUUUGGUCAGCAACUUGAAGACCAUCAAGGAAGUGUUCUCGCAGGCGAAGGCGGCAGGACGCCCAGAGUUGUUUAUCAUAACCGUCAGGAAUAACUUACUGACAGACGGCAGACACUCAGCCCUUGGUAUUCUCGGCUCGUCGGGAGAGCUGUGGCAGGAGCAGAGGCGCUUCGUCCUGCGCCACCUGAGGGACCUGGGCUUCGGCAAGACCAGCCUGGAGCCGCUCAUGAUCCUCGAAGUCAAGGAGCUGAUGGACCACAUCGCGCUGCAGAGAGAUCAGCCGAUUGUCAUGCAGCGCUUCUUCAACCGGUCAAUCAUCAACGUGAUCUGGGCGAUGGUGAUGGGCAAGAGGUACUCCUACGACGACGCCAAAAUGGCCACCCUCCUGAAGACGUUCAUCGCGCCGGCCGACAUCAACUUCCUCUCUCCUCUCCACUUCAUCCCCGGAGCGCUAAAGUUAGCUUCCUUCAUACCCAUACUAAAGCAAGACGUUAAGCCGUUAAAGAACGUUACCAAUUUCAUCAAGAAUGAGUUGGAGGAAUUCCAGCGUGACGAGACGGCGAAGAAAAGCGACUGUUUGACGGCCUUGUACCUGCGAGAGAUUGAGGAGCACAAGGACAAACCUUCCUUCUUCCACUUGGAUCAGCUAGUGGCAGUGAUUUUCGAAAUGUUUGUUGCCGGAAGCGAGACAACAUCGAGCACACUGUCCAUGGCGGUGUACUUGCUCGCCAAACACCCGGAGGUCCAAAAGCGUGUCCAUGAGGAACUGGACAGGGUGGUGGACAAAGACCAGCUGCCGUCCUUCUCUCAUAUGGACCAGUUACCAUACACGCUGGCUACCAUACACGAAGUGCAAAGGACAUUCAAACUCGUCCCGUUCAGCCUCCCGCACUCAGUGGUGCAGGAUAUCACGAUCNNNNUCUUUGCCGUUUCCCCAGGAACAAUUCUCAUCGCCAACAUGGAGGACUGCCUAAAGGACCCAGCUUUGUGGAAGAACCCUAAUGAGUUCGACCCAAGGAACUUCCUUGAUGAUGAGGGAAAAUACAAACGAAAUGAGGCCUUUAUGCCUUUUGGAUCGGGCAAGAGGCAGUGCGUGGGAGAGCCGUUGGCCCGCCUCGAACUCUUCCUCUUCUUCGCCUGUGUGAUGCAGCGCUUCCACUUCUACGACGUGGAAGCAGAGCCAAUAACAAACCAUAACCCACUCUUCAGUGCGACGCCAAAGUAUACGGUCAAGGCAAAGGCUAGGUUUUAGUGUGUGAGGGUACAGGACACCCGUUUCUCUAUUCUCCCCCAUCUCUCCUUCUCUCUCUGAGUGCAUAAAAGAUGAAUAAAUU